AUGGAUCACCAGCAUCAGCAGCACGACGAGCACAAUCAGCAGCAGAACAUGCAGCAGCCCCCAUAUAAUUUCUACCAGCCUGAGCAGGAUGCGCCCUAUGGCAUGGCUUAUAACCCGCAAAUGAGUGCUUACCAGGUCGUGCAGCCAGGACCCCAAACUCGACAAUUAUCGGUUACUGAGCUGCAGCAGCAAGGCAUGGCAUAUCAUAACAUGAGCCUCAUUCCGCCACAUCAAUAUCCACCCGUUUAUGCCCCUUCGCCUCAUGGAGGCCUCGCGCUGUCUACAUCGCCCCCUCCUCCCCCCUCACCAGAUAUGUACGACCCUCUGUCUCCCCCCAUAUCCGGCUCGGAUACAUCCGCAGACGGCAUCUACAACCACUCCAACAGUAGCGGUACUGGUUCUCCUUCUUCCUCACGGGGUACAAGCCUUGUACAUCGCCACAUCCGAUACAAUCCCACAUCAUCUCCCACAAGCUCUUCUGGCCGAAGGCGAAGUCGUUCACAGGAUUCCGACGAAGAAGACAUGGGUGCACACUUCACCGAGAACUUGGCUCACUCGAGGAAAGAGGCAACGCGGCGGCAGAGGAUAGAAGCAGAACAGAGGCGAAGAGACGAGCUUCGCGACGGAUAUGCAAAACUCAAGGAUGUGCUCCCCGUGUCCAACCAGAAGAGCAGUAAAGUGUCACUUCUAGAGCGAGCCACAAACCAUAUCGUCAGCCUUGAGAAUACGAAUAAGGAGCUUGUUGCUCGAAUAGAGGCUCUGGAACAGGAGAUGCAGAGGCUUCGCUCCAUAAACGAGAAGAUAUCGCUCACGGCAUCGUCGCCAUCCACCUUUGACGGCCGACCACUAUCUCCCCCACCCGACCCUCCAGUCAUUAAAGAGGCCCCCUCCGACCACUCUAGUCCGUCAGCCUCAGAAGGCUAUUGA